AUGGAGGUAGCGCGAGCUGUUCGGGGUUUGCGAUGGAAACUUGGCCCCCCGUCACUUGUACCGCUGCGUCUCGCCUCGACUGCCGCCGGAAAGACGCUCGGCAAGCCGAAAUCGAAGCCUCGACAGACCAUUCGCCGAUUCGUGCCCGAGGACGUCAAGAGGUUCGUCAAGGCCGACGGCAAGCUCCUCACGACGCGCGAGAACAAGGAGUUUCUCCUAAACUACGACAUCGAACCCGACAAUGGAAGGAUGACUCGAUUUUCGGCCGGGCCGGAUCUGCACAGGAUCGCGUCGGACUUCAAUGUCACGUUCGCGUUCAGCCCGAACCACGUUGUCCAUCCGCACGACCUGCGAUACUUUGAGCCCCGCGGCCACCCCCUCGCCGCGAUGAAGAGGGCUGAGUACGCUCGCAAGACCAGAGAGCAGCCGCUGUGGGUAAUGGUCACGAGCGCGGGCGGCGCAUCGGCGGUGGUACGCACUCUGACCCAGCGACGACUGGCUAGGGCAGUGCAUACGGCGUUGGAGGCAAUGGGGUAUCAAUCAGCCCCUGGGUUGAGCCCCACGAAGGAGAUCCGGGGGACCUUCUGGGCUACAGUACACAACCCUAUCAAGGCGGCGACGCAGUCUGCUGAGCGAUUUGGCAAGAUUGUCGCCGCCGCUCUGGACAAGGAAUGCAGCCGACGGAGGAGAUGA